AUGUACAGCCUCCCCUCCCUCUCCUGGCUCUUGGCUCGAACUCUUGGGUUACAUCCUUGCAGCAACACACACUCACACACUCAUCACGCUUGCAUCGCUCUCAUUGCUGCUCCGCGCCACUGGCCCUGCAUCACUACCGCUCUGCUUCCGGCCAUCCCAGUCUGCCCUGGACGCAGCCAACUCGCAGCAACUUCCACCCUCACAUCCACUACUCGACCACUCCUCAACUCUUUCAACUCGACACCUCACACAACACCGCACACUACGCACGGCCCUCUCCGCAUCCCUCAACUCACACUCUGCGAUCCCCCCGACUCGCUCAAAACACACCUCGAUCCGCAGACAGCGCGAAUUCCUCAACCUCCCCCCCUCCACCCGAUCACCCACCCUCCUCCACCUGACACCCAGCAACCACCGACAUCCCCUGCUAUGGGCCUGCUCUCAGUGCCCCGAUGGGCGACUAGAGCUCUGUCCACCGCCGCCUCCCCCCUCCCCACCACGAAGCUCGCUCCCCCAUCACCCCUCUACCAGCUCAUCCCCUCCACCGUCGGCGCACCCUCCCUCUCCAGCUCGGCAAGCGACGACUCCGAGUCCACCUACGCCACCACCGACCCCGAUGACCUCGACCCAGACCAUCGCAGCACCGGGCCAUCACGGCAGCGCGGCGCACCCUUUGCGCGCCUCGACCCGCUCGUCGUCACCGCCGCCCUCCUCGCGACCGGCAUGUUCAUCGUCAUGUUCAUCUGGUACCCCUUCCCGACAACGAUACACGCCUUUGUCGCAGUCGCCGUCGGCGUCGUCAGCUGGACGAUGGGCAGCUGGGCACGCUCCCUCGCCGGCGUCGUGCUCCGCAAACCGAAUCUGUACCGCUACAGCGUGCCGCAGCUGACGGGGCUCGCCGUCGCGUCCAUCCUGACAAUCUACUGGCUCAUCCUCGGCAUCCACCCCCCGCAAGAGGUCGCGCCCCCGCUCAACCUCGACGGCGAGCGCUACUUCAUCGCAGCCAAUCUCUACAACAACGAGGACAUCAUCCCCCGCUGGACGGGCCAGAUCGAGAAGCUGAUUGACCACCUCGGGCCGAACCGCACGUUCGUGUCCGUCUACGAGUCCAACUCGAAGGACAGCACGCCCGAGCUCCUGCGCGACUUUGGCGACCGCCUCGACGCCAUGGGCGUCCCGCACCGCAUCAUCUCGGACGUCACGGAACGAUGGUGGCCGUACCCGACCUCGCCGGAGCGUAUCGGCUUCCUGGCGAACGCGCGCAACAAGGCCAUGGCCCCGCUCCAGUCGGCCGACAGCGACACCCGCCUCCCCGACUACGACAGCUACACCAAGGUGCUCUUCCUGAACGACGUCCUGUUCACGUGGGAGGCGGCGGUGCGGCUGCUCGCGACCAAGCACGACGACGACCCCGACUACGACCUUGCAUGCGGCAUGGACUUUGGUGCUUCUGGUCUCUACGAUACCUGGGUCUCGCGCGAUGUGUGCGGCACGCCGACGCGCCCGUUCUGGCCCUACGUCAAGGAUCCGGCGACGGUGCAGCGCGUGCGCGACGAGAAGGUCUUCCCGCUCGCCGCGUGCUGGAACGGCAUGGUCGCCUUCCCGACAAAGCACUACCUGUACCAACCCGGCAAGCCCGGCAAGCCCGCGCCCGCUCCCGCUGAGCCAACGCGCCUGGCGAAGCGGGGGUGGAAGAUGGUCGACAACUCGACGUACGAGGGCGGCCGCAUGUCUCCCGCCCUGAGCGAGCCGAUCCUCUUCCGCGCCUCCGGCAUCGACGCGUGCGACCACAGCGAGUGUUUCCUGUUCAGCUACGACCUGCACCGUCUCUACCCACAGGGCAGCGGGGGACCGAAGAUCUGGAUGAACCCGAGCGUGCGCACUGCAUACGAGGAGCACUGGUACAGAUGGAACAACUACGUCCUCCGCAUCCCCAUGGUACGGUGGUGGGUGCGCAACUGGAGCCACGGGCUGCCGUUCGAGGCCGUCGACUGGCUCUGGGAGCGUCUCGCCCGGCAUCGCGACUUGUGCACGUGGGCGGCGCUUGAGAAGCACGCGCCAGAGCGAUGUCCCAGAUUGCCGGGCGCGAAGAAGAACCCGUGGUACAUUGGGUAG